AUGUAUGACCAAAACAAGAUUUGAACAAAAUGGCGGCAAGUCAGGAAGGUUUGCUUCGUGUUUCUUCUUCUCCGGGACAAUUGCAGAUGACCUGUACAGGCGAAUUUGUUGCAUUGCCUUUGACGAAGACUAUUGUGGGAGUUUGGUGGCUUGGAGAUAUCUCGAGGAAGCCUUUACAGCUCUCUGCCCACAGUGGAAUAGUAAGCACCACUUGUUUUGGACGAAAGGACAGACCCCUUCUCCUCUGCACAGCAUCAGAAGACUUCAUAUACAUCUGGAACAUUGACAAGCUUUUGCUUAUUGACAAUAUAACUAGUGAUCACAGUAGUGGGAUAGCAGUUGGUAAAGAUUUGGGACAUGUCCAACAUCUUAGCUUCAGCAUGUCUGACAGGUUGAUAACAGCAUGUAUAGAGAAAGAAAUAUGGGUCAUUAACAUCCAGACUAGCAAACUGGACACUUUGUUGGAGGGCCAUACCAGCAUUGUAACAUGUGCAGAGUUUUCUCCUAAAAACGAGUCAAUUGUUGUGUCGAUAAGUGAAGACAGAACUUUUAAGGUAUGGAACAUUGAGCAAUCAUGUUUGGUGUACCAGUCAGCCAUUUUGUCAGCUCAUCCAUUCCUUUCACUUGCUUUGGAUUCUGUUCAAGAGCAGAUGGUAAUUGGUUCUGCUGAUGGGAAGGUUCACUUGUAUGACCUAGCUUACAAUGGUCGUUACCGAUGCCUUUAUGAACUGGAUGUCAAUAAGUUGAUGCAAAAACAUUGGAGGCAGAAAGAAACUGUUAGGGAAACACCAGAGAAUGGGCCAUCCAUAAUAAACAGUCAGCGUUCCUGGCAAAGCAAGAGCACUCCAGAUGAUGAAAAUGAAGCUGUUCUGGAACCAGGAAUGGCUGUACUUGCUGUCAGCUUCAUAACAAACCCUCAUCAACAAAGUGCUGCACACAGAGAUGCAGGAACACACAGGAUCCUUUUUGGUUCACACAGUGGAUCAGCCAUUAAGUUCUCUCCUGGCGCAGUGAUGAUAUGCCAUGUCUAUAAACAGAUUGAAGUCACUGGAGAUAGUUUGAAAAUAUCUGAGCCAAUUUUGUCUAGUAGUGAGUUGGACGAUGUUCAAUAUCACAUUUCGACUCCAGGUUCAUUUGCGUUUGCGGAGAGGCCUGAUGGCAAUAUCGCCUGUUUGAUCGGCAGUUUGUUUCAAAAUACGGUGAACGUGGUUAACAUCAAGAAGCCGAAUACUAACACGGGGACAGAGAAUCCCCACGAGGACUUGUCUCAAAGGCUGUCCCAGUCGGUAGAUAUAAGUUCCCAUGGUGACCAGGAGGAAGGAACGUCACCAAUAAGGGGUGCCGAGAUGGCAACAAACACCGCCGUCACUGUCCUAUCCAGUGCACCAUUGUGUAGUAAUUCACCUUUAAAAGCAGAACUUGUACCAAAAACAGCAACCAAACAGAGGCAGAAACAAAAACCUUCUACCAAAGGUAUGAAAACAGAAGUUUUUGAUCAGCCUCUAACAUUCCACUCAAAAGUGAAAUCAUCUGGCUAUUCAUCAUCAGCGGCAAGAUCCAAAAUGUUUUCACCGAGCACAAGCGCUUCAAAGCCAAAAAAAGCUUCGGCAUUCCCGUUGAAGAAAGCGGCCUCUACCUCUCUCUGCUCUGGGGCGUCAUUAAAGGAGUACCCUAUGGAUAGCGAAGCACCGACCGACUUGCAGCAUAAACUUUCGCAUACUGAGAAACCAGCCCCCAUCAACUGCAUCGUGUUUUCAGACGAUGGAAAGCACAUCGCUUGUGGUUUGGCUAAUAAAAGUGUUCAUAUGAUGAGACCUCCACCCUCAAGCAAGGAGACAGUGUUUACAGGACAUGACGGAUCAGUGACCAGUGUUAGCUUCAGUCAUGACAGUCGCUGGCUUAUGACGUCAUCAAGUGACAAGACUGUCAAACUGUGGAGCUCCGCCCACUCGGAUCCUGGGAUGACAUUUUCAUCUGUCAAUCAUAACUUUGCAUCAGAACUUACUAACUCUACAAAUGUUAAGGAUAAUCCUCCGUUUUCCAAGGAAAUAACUCAAGCUAAAUUUUACUAUAUUGACAAAUUUGUCCUUCUGGCCAGUGGCAACGGCCUUCACAUGUACAAGUACCACAUUGGUACCGGGCAAAAAGAUGACGUUAAAAGAUAUCAAACAAACAAUAAAUACAAGUUGGUGAAAAUAUUUCAGCAGGAAAGGGCUCAACAAAUUACCUGUUUCUCUGCCAUCAACGGAUUUCACUCCUAUAUAGUGUUGUGUUGUGGUUCCAACAAGUCAAUCCAGGUUUUUGAUAUGAACGCGGCUCGCACUGUCCGAGUGGUCAUGGAUGCUCACACUCGCCCCGUACACACGAUAUGUCAGAAUGAGGGUUCCAUGUUUGUCUCGCACCCUCCAAACGCUUACGACCUGUUCUUGACAGCUGCGGUUACUGAUGGAAUCAAAUUAUGGGACUUGCGCACUAACAGGUGCGUUCGCCGGUAUGAUGGCCACGUGAACAGAUCACAGCCAAUCGGGGUGGCUAUCAGUCCGUGUGCAAGAUUCAUUGCGACUGGUUCUGAGGACAGAUCGGCGUACCUGUACGACAUUCGAGGGAACACAUUUUGUCAUCGGCUCACUGGGCAUACGGACGUGGUGUCGGAAGUAGCUUUUCAUCCUGCGCAACCUCAGCUUGUUACGGCUUCCCUGGACGGACGGUUACGGUUUUACUCCGGAUCACGGAAACAGUGGGGAAGGAAGGGAAAAAAAAGUCAGGCAAUACUGGCCGGUCAAUGUAUCUCUCGCGAAUACCGUUUUAUCCUCUUUUAUUGUUUGUUAAAGAUAGUGCUUGAGCCGUUUCGGAAUUUUCUCGCGAGCUUUUAUACUAGCGUGACAUUCAGCAUAUCAGUAUCUGCAAGAAAACGGACUAAAAUCUGCGAAAUCCCCGUUGACAGUCGGAUGAUAACAGAACGUGUACACGGAGUUAAACGCAAGCUUACCGAAGUUGACGGCGAUGAUGAGGUGCAUGGCCGCAGUCUUCAACGACAAACAGUGUUCAAUAUUUCGAUCUGCAAGUUGCAGAAAAGAUUCACACGGCCAGAGCCCAUCCUCUUCAAAACCGUUCUUAUCUCUAAUACGCUUCGUCUCAUCGAAGAAGACAUCAGAGAAGAGCGGAGGAGUUUAGAAACAAAUGAUUUGAACGGACCUAGCGACGAGAAAACGUUCGCUCGAGUAGUCAACAUGCACGAACCAACGAAUCGCCCUGGUCUAAAUAUCGGCACGCGAUCACGCGACGCCUGUGAAACUUCGAAAAGUUCUCUAACUUUUGAACAAGAACUAAAUAUUCUGGGCGACAAAAUGGUUAAAGAACUUGAGCUGGACAGGGAAAAUUCUAAACUACUCGAAGAAAAAUCAGAACUACUCACUCAAAACCCUUUAACGCGCUCUGCUGCCGAUUCGAACAACAAUACCCCGGGGUUCGAGGAACGUGAGAGAGCGGUCACCUCCAACUCGGAAGAAAUCAUUCGAGAAUUCACUUGCGGUAGUCUACUGGGACUGGAAUUAACCGAAGAACUGGAGUUUAAGGACGUUGACGUUUCGCUCUAUGACUUCGACGUUCCAAACGGAUCGUUCCCGAUUGAUUUUGACGAGUUUUGCAGCGUGUGGAACCUUGGAUCAACCAGUGUGGCAGCGCGGAGUUUGCCCAGUAGAUGUAGUGACAGCGUUAAGCUUGAGCGAGCAAACGAACAUAAUUUUGACGAUCUAGACCAAGUUAUGCAAAUUUUAGUGGGAUCUUAAAUAGCUAUAAUUUUUACAGCGCCCAAAACGUGAAUGCUGUUUAUUUCAAUUCGUUGCAAAUUUAAGUCUAAUGGAUAGAAUCUAUUCAGAGAAAAGAAAGUAAAGAAAUUUUCUCAAAAGUUGUAUAAGUUUCAGCUUGUGGGCAUUAGGUUAUUUAUAGUCGGCACUGCCGAUAGAAUCCACAACUUUUUAUAUGCAAUGCAAAAUGAAUAUUUUAUGUGAAUUUGGACAUGUAUUUGAAGUCGUAAGAAGAGAGUAUUUUUUCAGCAUAUUUGUAGGUAAUUUAUACUGUAUUAUAUGACAUGAAAUAUGUACUUUUCGUCAAGCUAAGCUUUGUAAGUUUUGCGAGCCUUUAAGGUGUAGUCUACAGCUAAAUAACUACUUGUUAUCCAUACGGGGAAGUUAUCAGUUAAAGAAUAUUUUAUGAAUUGAAUAGUUAUGGAAGCUGCAUGCUAGACCGCUUAAUGAACAUAGUAAAUCAUGUGACCUUUUCAUCUUCUUGAUGUUUUGUUAAGUUAUGAUUUUUGCAUAUGACAAUUGCUAGAGAAAUGGCUUAAAUGACUCUGAACUAGAUUAGUUUGUUACAAUAAUUUUAUUCUACACAUUGAUUUAAUUCAUUUUAAUGAAUAAGAAAUUGUUCAAUAAAUUUUAACUUGUUGAA